UGUGCUGCUUUGCAUAGUGGGUACUACUUCGGAGCCUCUGCGGACCAGCAUUCCUCGCUGCACGUCAGAACCUUUGACAGACACGCCCACCCCAGGCUAAGGAACAGCCGAAGCCGGAGCCGAUGGGAAGCUGCGCAAUCUGAAGCUUGAUAAGUGGCAACUUUCUCGCCAGCUCGUCGGCAUCCCCACUCCCUACCGAAACCGACACCCACACUCCACCAUGACGGUUGACACCGACCCCAACGCAGGCACGUCCAGCCACACGGACCCGUGGGCCGGGCUCGGCGCGCCGAACGGCGACCCCGAGGCGAUCGGCUACGAGCUCCCGGACCAGUUCAUCGGCGCGAAGAAGCGCGUGCGCGUGAUCACGAUCGGCGGCGGCGCGAGCGGCAUCAACAUGGCCUACCAGAUCGACAAGUGGAUGACCGACGUCGAGCAUGUCGUGUACGAAAAGAGCGCUGCGCUGGGUGGCACGUGGCUCGACAACCGAUACCCCGGGUGCGCAUGCGACGUGCCGAGCCACGACUACCAGUUCUCGUUCCACCCGAACCCGAACUGGUCGCACUUCUACUCGGGCUCGCCCGAGAUCUGCGACUACAUGAACUCGGUGGUGGACACGUACGGGCUGCACUCGCACUUCAAGUGCGGGCACGAGGUGACGCGUGCGCGGUGGGACGACGAGGCGGCGCAGUGGGUCGUAGGUGUGCGCGGGCCGGACGGCGAGUUCGAGGACCGCGCCGACUUCCUCGUCAACGGCAGCGGCAUCCUCAACAACUGGAAGUGGCCGGACAUUGCGGGCAUCGAGACGUUCGGCGGCAAGCUGAUGCACACGGCGCGCUGGGACGAGGAGUAUGAUUUCAAGGGCAAGCGUGUUGCGUGCAUCGGUGUCGGCUCGUCGGCGGUCCAGACUGUGCCGGCGCUCGUACCGAUCGUCGACAGCAUGACGUGCUUCAUCCGUUCGGGCGCGUGGAUCACGCCGGUCGGCGCAGCGCCGCAGUACGCAGGGCCCGGCGGCUCCAACAAGGCGUACACUGAGGAAGAGAAGAAGCGGUGGGCCGAGAACCCGGACGAGUUCCUCGCGUACCGCAAGGGCAUUGAGGAUGCACUCAACGCCCGCUUCCGGAUGUACCUCAAGAACACGAAGGAGCAGGAGAUGGCAAUCAAGGUCGCGGGCGAGAACAUGGCCGCGCGCCUCGCUAGAAAGCCUGAGCUGGUGGAGCUUCUCACGCCAAAGUUCUCGCUCGGUUGCCGUCGCCUCACGCCCGGCAAUGGGUUCCUCGAGAGCCUGUGCGAGGACCACGUCAACGUCGUCUCGGACCCCAUCGAGCGCAUCACCCCCACAGGUCUUAUCACUAAGGACGGGCGCACGCACGAGGUGGAUGCGAUCGUGUGCGCGACCGGCUUCGACGUCUCCCUCCUCCCACGCUUCCCCUUCACGGGAAAGAACGGCACCGACCUCACCGAGCGCUGGAACAAGGGCCCAGUAGAGGGAUACAUGAGCCUCAUGGUCGACGGCUUCCCCAACUACUUCAUGUUCUUGGGCCCCAGCUCGCCUGUUGCUCACGGGUCGCUCACCCAGACCAUUGAGUGGUGCUCGCAUUACAUGCUCAAGUGCAUUAGCAAGAUGCAGGCCGAAGGGAUUCGCUCGAUCUCGCCCAAGCCCGCUGUUGUGCGCAAGUUCAACAUCCACCGCAACGCCAUGAUGCCCACCACAGCGUGGAGCAGCUCGUGCUCGUCCUGGUACAAGAACGGCAAGGCUGACGGGCCUGUCAUUGCUAUCCACCCCGGCAGCAAGCUGCACUUUUUCGACAUGACCAAGACACCACGUUUCGAGGACAUGGAGAUCGAGUAUGACCACGAAAACAUGUUUGCGUACUUGGGCAAUGGUUUCUCGAGGCUCGAGGUGGAGCCAGGGCACGACAUGUCUUACUUUGUCACCGACCCGAGUCUGAAGCUGCCCUGGUAGACGGUAGAUGAGUUGUAGAUUAGAUUUGCGGUUAGAUCUUGCAGAGCGUGUAGAGCAUGAAUGAAGACAAUCCCCAG